AUGGCUUUGCGCCGUUAUUGGCGUGCGCCCAGCAUGUCCCUUCAUCGCAAACUUCGGAUUUUUCAUUUUUUGAAGUUUUUUAAAAAAUUUUCAGAAGAUAAAAUGGUUCGAUUUUCUAAGCCAAUGCAAAAUAAAGCUUCUAGUCGUCAUAAGAAAGAGGAAAAUAAAAUUGCUUAUCCAUCUCAAAAUAAAAAUUUCAACAAAAAUUUUAAAAGGAAUGGGAAGCAAUCAAUUUUGGAUGAUUUGAGUGAGCAGGAUAUGGAUUCUGAUGACAGUUUUGGGGAUUCUGAUGAAUUUGAUGAAGGUGUGGGAUUUUCCGAUGAAGAACUUGAAGAUGAGGAAGAGGAAGGAGAAGAGGAUGAAGGAAGUGGGGAAGAGGAAGAGAAUGAAGAGUUGAAAGAAAUUAAAGGGAAGAAAGGAGAUCCGGAGGGUGUCGACGAAGAUGAAGAAGAGGAAGGUGAUGAACUGGAAGUUGGGGAGGAGGAUGAAUUGGAAGGUGAAGAAGAAGAGGAGGGAGAAGAAGAUGAAAAGAUGAGUAAAAUCAAAGUGAAGGAGGGAGGUGUCGAUGGUGUCGAUGAAGAAGAAGAGGAUGAAGAAAAUGAAGGUGAUGAAUUGGAGGAUGAGGAGGAGGAUGAAUUGGAAGAUGAAGAUGAUGUUUCUGAAAAGGAUUCGACUAAAGGCGAAGUCAUUAAAUUCACUGGGUUUAAAAAUGAGGAUCAAAUGUCUGAUGAGGAUGAUGAAAUGGAAAGUGACCACUCUUCUGAAGAAGAUGAAGAGAAUGAAACAAAGAAAGCUUCUAGACGAGAAAAAGUUAAAAUGAGGAGAGCGGCUAUAAAAGCGUCUGAAUCUAGAACUGUUUUUGUUGGAAAUGCGCCGGUGAAAACGCAACAGAGAGAACUUCGAAAAUUGUUUAAGACUUUUGGCGAAAUUGAAGCAGUCUAUCAAAGAACUCAUCUUCAAAUGACCGAAAAAAUGACAAAGAUGAUGAUGAGCAAGUAUCCGGAAAUAUCAGAUCGAUUAACUUCCACAAAUUUUUAUAUUCGCUAUGUGAAGGAUGAACAUGCGGAGAAUGCAGUUAGGGCAAUGAAUGGUACAAGAUUAAAUGGGCAUGUUCUUAGAGUGACUGUUGGUGCAAAAAAGGAUGUUGAUCACAGAAGGUCAAUUUUUGUUGGAAAUAUUCCCCAUACAACACUAGACGAAUCAGUUCGAGCUUAUUUCUCUACUUGUGGCAAAAUUUCUGCUCUACGUUUACUUCGAGAUAAACAGACAGGAUUGGUUAGAGGAUCUGGUUUUGUUGAAUUUGUUGAGUCUGAUUCUGUCCAAAAAGCGUUGGAAUUGAAUAAUUUGCCUUUUGAAGGAAGAAAAUUGAGAAUAUCGAAAGUUUAUAAAAAGAAUAAGUUGGAAAAGAUUUCAAUUAAAAAUGAGAAGAAAAGGGAGAAUUUGAAGAGAAAAAUGCCUAAGGUGCCUAAAGGAGCUGAAAAUUUUAUGGUUCUCAAAAGAGGAAGAUUCGAGGGAAAUGACAUUUUCAACAGGAAUAAAAAUAAAUUUAAGGAAGAGAAUAAAUUAAAUAAUAAAGCCAAUAAAGAAGAAGAAAAUAUUAAAAAAGAAAAGAAAUUUAAUAAAAAUAAAAUUGUGGACAAUAAAAUUAAAAAGGGUAAAAAUUUAGUUUUAAAGAAACAAAAAAGUGGAGGAUUGAAGGGAAAUAAGAAAAGAAAAAGUUUAAUUAUUUAA